UAGAUUUUCCAUUAAAGAACGUUCCAGAGGGCUAAGUCUUUUUAAGUGGACUCCAAGAACUAAAUCAAAAUCGAUUAAUAUCUAGAACUCUCUUCAUUCUAGAACGAAAUAUAUUUAUUUUCAUUCUUUCUAUCGGGUUGUGUUGGAAAAUUUGUUCGUUUGACAGCACGCUUGCAAUUCCUUUAGCAGCGUGUCUACAAGGUACAAGCUUUUUGAUCAAGCUAGAUGAAUUUCGCGGACUAUAUUAGUUGAAGUUGGAUGCAGCAAUGUGUACAAUUGCAAAUUCUUUAUUAUCACAUUCCCUUCAGUAGGGCUAUGCUUUACCUAGUGACUUCGAUGCAAUAGGUUGUCUAAUUUGGAACACUAUAUUAGUACUUCUCUCUCGCUAGAGUUGUAGCUUAUCCAGCAAGCUGGAUCAUUCGAUUUCAACUUCAACUUUGGCGAGGGUGAUGAAAAAGUUGGCUUCUUAAGGGAAAAUGGCUGAUGAGGCAAAAGCAAAAGGGAAUGCUGCAUUUUCAUCUGGAAACUAUGAGGAAGCUAUUAAACAUUUUUCUGAAGCCAUAGAUCUGGCUCCUAGUAAUCAUGUUUUGUAUUCUAACCGCUCUGCGGCAUAUGCCUCGUUACAUAAAUAUGAUGAGGCUCUUCAGGAUGCAAAUAAAACUGUUGAAAUUAAGGCUGAUUGGUCCAAGGGAUACAGCAGACUGGGUGCAGCAUAUGUUGGUCUUGGAAAAUAUGAUGAUGCAAUUUCUGCCUAUAAAAAAGGCUUGGAGUUUGAUCCUACUAAUGAAGGAUUGAAAUCAGGCCUUGCUGAUGCACAGGCAUCAAGUCGAAGUCGUCCUUCAGCUUCACCAUUUGGAAACAUAUUUCAAGGACCGGAGUUGUGGGCAAAAUUAACAGCAGAUCCUAAAACAAGAUUGUUUUUGCAACAACCAGAUUUUGUCAAGAUGAUUCAGGAUCUUCAAAAGAAUCCUAACAAUAUCAAUUUGUACCUUAGUGAUCAACGGAUAAUGCAGGCGCUGGGUGUGCUAUUGAAUGUAAACUUGCGUACUGCACCAUCUGAUGAAGAUGCCUCUGAACUAAGUGGUAUGGAUUCUUACAAAACCACAUCCAAACCACAGCCCAAACGAGAACCUGAGCGUCAGCCGGUACCAGAGCCAGAGCCUGAACCCAUGGAUAUUCCUGAAGAAGAGAAAGAGAAACAAGUACGGAAGGAAAAUGCUCAGAAGGAAAAAGAAGCCGGAAAUGCCGCAUACAAGAAGAAAGAUUUUGAGACUGCCAUUCAUCAUUAUACAAAAGCAGUGGAGCUUGAUGAUGAGGAUAUUUCCUUCCUCACUAACAGAGCAGCGGUUUACUUAGAAAUGCAGAAGUAUGAGGAAUGUAUCAAAGACUGUGACAAGGCUGUUGAACGAGGUAGAGAACUACGAUCAGAUUAUAAAAUGGUUGCACGUGCAUUGACUAGAAAAGGAUCUGCCUAUGUUAAGAUGGCUAAAUGCUCUAAAGACUAUGAACCAGCAAUUGAGUGCUUCCAGAAAGCACUUACAGAACAUCGCAAUCCAGAUACAUUGAAAAAGCUUAAUGAUGCUGAGAAGGCUAAGAAGGAUUUGGAGCAGCAGGAAUAUUUUGAUCCUAAGCUGGCAGAUGAAGAGAGGGAAAAAGGCAAUGAAUAUUUCAAGAAGCAGCAAUAUCCUGAAGCUAUAAAGCACUAUACUGAAGCUCUACGAAGAAAUCCUAAUGACCCAAGGGUUUACAGUAACAGAGCAGCUUGUUACACAAAGCUUGGAGCUUUGCCAGAAGGAUUAAAAGAUGCAAAUAAAUGUAUCGAAUUGGAUCCAGCUUUUACAAAAGGUUAUUCAAGGAAAGGUGCUAUCCAGGAGUUUAUGAAAGAAUAUGACAAAGCCUUGGAAACUUAUCAGGAAGGUCUCAAAAAGGACGAAAAUAACCAGGAAUUACUGGAUGGUGUCCGAAGAUGUGUUCAGCAAAUCAACAAGACAAACAGGGGUGACCUAAGUCCCGAGGAAUUGAAGGAGAGACAGGCAAAAGGAAUGCAAGAUCCGGAAAUUCAAAAUAUCCUUACAGAUCCCAUCAUGAGACAGAUACUUGUAGAUUUCCAAGAGAAUCCAGCGGCAGCACAGAAUCAUUUGAAGAAUCCUGACGUAAUGCAUAAGAUUCAGAAGCUUGUCAGUGCAGGCAUUGUGCAAGUAAAGUGAUGAUCAGUCAUUUGAUUGUGCAGGAGUUUACCAUAUGCAGAACUCACUGAGGGCACUUGAUUAUUUUAGUCUGAUUUUAUGAGUGUUUCAGCCCAAUUCCUACGGAACUGAACUGAACUGAGUUCACCUUUUUAUCUCGUUCUUGGAAACUUUUGAGACUCAUUGUUGUGAAUUCUGUGGUAGCAAACUUUACCCUCAAAGAUUUAGGAAUGCAGGUGGUUGAUUUCAUUCGGUUUUGUUGAUAAAUUGAUAAUGCCUUGCAUUAUUGUAAACCUUUUUUGCACUAGAAGACUAAUUAUGUAACAGUAGACAAUCCUGGUGCAAUUGGGCAGGAUUGUUUAUAAUUUUAAAAUAUUCAAAAUUUCAUAAUAUGAUUCUAGUUUUGUUCAUCA